AUGGCUCUCGACACCCAGAGCAUCAUCGCCAUCAUCGCACUGCUCGUGUCUUGCCCGUCGACAAUAUGGCUGGUCUACAAGAUAAGCAGAUGGGCUCUUACCGACACACGCACAACCAUCAUGCAGACUAACGUCAGGGAGCAACUUUCUUUUCCACACUGA